UCAUUCCUGCGGUAGCGUUUCUGUCGCUCGCUGUUACCUCCAACUUGUUUUUUUUUUUUUUUCUUUUUUUUUUUUUAGUAUUAUUUUCCUCUACCUGCCCACUCCAUUUUUUACGCGGAUAAACGUUUUUUUACUAUCAAAACCGUUUAUGGUCCUGGCUGAAGAUCUCACCAUGUCUCGCACAGACGAGGUUCAUCGCUUGACGGAAAAUGUUUACAAGACUAUCAUGGAGCAGUUCAACCCUUGCUUGCGGAACUUUGUUGCCAUGGGGAAGAACUAUGAGAAGGCCCUCGCCAGUGUAACAUUUGCUGCAAAAGGAUACUUUGAUGCUCUGGUCAGAAUGGGCGAACUUGCCAGCGAGAGUCAAGGAUCCAAAGAUUUGGGUAAGUCACCGACAUACUUUAGGUAAACUCAGUACUUGUUGCCACUUUCUCUCUUAAUCUGUC